CCAGUCAUCCUGUAGAUUGAUUGGUAAAGUUUGUUGAUUUAAGGUUUGUUAUUGACUCACACCAUGUAAACGUCUGUACAGCUCUUCACUGUCUUUAUGUCACAGGAGAAGAAGAAGACGUCCUCAGUCCUCAUCCUCCAGAGCUCUGAUCAGGUGUUUUCCAGGUUGGACCACAGACAUCAGACCUGUGAGCUGCUGUAAUACUCAGGUGUAUGUGGUGUAUCAGGUGUGUUAGAGGUCUGGAACCAGGAGAAUCAGAGCUUCACUUCAGGAGUCAGACUCUGUUUGUUCAGACCUGUGUAUAUGCUGCAGUGUAAAGAAGCCUAUAGGUUUUUGAAAACAUGCUCAUUUAGUGAAUCUGAGCCUGUUAACCGACACAGUUCCCCCCCCCGCUGAACAUCCAGAUGUUUUUCUUUUAAGUUUUCAGCUUCUUAAUGAGAAAUGUGGAGGAGAACGAGGAGAAGCUGGGAUGGAAAGUGUUAAAGGUCCUGGAGCCUGUGGAUUUAUAGACGCCUCUGCUGCAGCUCUGCAGGGUUUUACAUGUUCAUCACAUCUGGGCCAGGAGGCCCUGCAUGCCUGCAGCGGGGGGGGACAGGCGUCUGCAUGUCUGCUGACAGGACGGACACAUAAAUACCUGGACGUCCAAAUGCUGCUCUCACUGUCAGAGCGUCUGCAGGUGGACGACGGACAAGACGCCAACAUGGUCGCGCUGAGGCUGGUCGCCUUCGCCUUGCUGGCUGCAGCUUGGUAUCUCACUGGUGCUGCUGAGGGAGAGGUCAUCUACGCCUGCCUCAAUGACACUGCUAAGAUGUCCUGUGAGGUCGGCACUAAGAUAAACCUGGAGCACAUCCUGUACAAAGUGGGCGUGGGGACGAGGUGUGGGGAGGGAAAACGUCACCCGGACGACGGACCCGACACCUUCUGCACCUUCCCCUGGGCUGAGAUGGUGGUGGAGGAUCUCUGUGGGAACAGGAGGUCCUGCGAAGUCCCCGUCACUGAGCGGGUGUUUGGUGAAUAUCCCUGUAAGGAGGAGACCAGGUACCUGGAGGUGUCCUACUCCUGCGCCAAACCACCUCCUCCACCUCCUCCUCCUCCACCUCCAACCAAACCCGCCUGUGAAGAUAAAUCAGCUGCUGACGUCUGAAGCUUUAUUGUUCAUCUCUGUGGACAGAACAGAUGAAGAGCCAUCGCCUCCUGAGGACGGAGGCUGCAGUCACAGCUCAGAUCUGUUGUUUCCUCCCGGACAAACCAAGGUGGUAGAUUAGAGUUUAGAUGUUAGAGAAGAUGCCUGAUGUUUCUGUUUGUUUCUGUUUGAGCUCAUGUAUCUAAACCAUCAAACAUAUCUGAGCUGAUUCACUGCAGGAGGAUUUAAAGUGAAUAAAACACGUCUUUCAUUGUGUGAACAGAUGAUGUUUUCUUCUGUUUAUUACUUUCUGUCACAUCACAUGAUCUUCAGCAGACAGUUUGUUCUGUUGUAUGAACUGUAUAUAUCUUAACGUACAUGUUGAUGAUGUUAUGUGUUGUAUAAAUCACUUUAUGUUUUAAAGUAUCUGUGGAGUUUUCAGUUGAACAGAUGAAAACGUCAUUUCUCCUUUUUUUUACAUGACAGCUUAAACAACUUGUUGAUGAAUUAUUUACUGGAAUGACGUAAAAUGACUCGAUUCUUUGUUGAUUGAUAAAAAGGAACAGAAACAUUUAGAACGACACUUCUCAAAAACACUCAUUAUUUUCCACUUUUAUAAAUUCCUGUUUGAUAGAAACAGCAGACACAGUUCAUGAGUCUGAAGUCUAACGUUUCCUCACUGGGGGGCGCUGUCGGUCUGUCCAACAGGUUUAAGACUUAAUAAGAAAAUAAAGUUAUUAUCAAACACAUCCAAUGAUCGUUUAUACAUUUUAGUUUUUACAUAAAUCACCUGAAACUGUGAAACAAUUUCACCUCAAGGUGUAUUUAGUUUUAAUUAACAGUAAAUGAGUUUUCCUUCAGAUGUUAAUGUGUUAAUGCAGUUUUUAGUUCAUAAACGUACAGUGAAACAGUGAAACAGUGAAACACUGUCUGUGUCGCUGCUCAGUUUUUAUUCACCUGUGUGAGAAUAAACUUGUUUUUCUCUCAGUGAUGAACUGAUGCAGUGUUUUUAUCUCCUCCUCCUCAGUCACUGAGCUGUGAUCAGCUUGUUUCCAUUUCUCCGUCUGUCUGAGCAGAAUC